GUGCUGGAGCUGCUGCUGACAUCCCCCUGUCCUUGCUGUCCCCGCAGAACUCCAUCCGGCACAACCUGUCCCUGCACACCCGGUUCAUCCGCGUGCAGAACGAGGGCACCGGCAAGAGCUCCUGGUGGAUGCUGAACCCUGAGGGCGGCAAGACGGGCAAGACGCCGCGGCGGCGGGCGGUGUCCAUGGACAACAACAGCAAGUUCCUGCGCAUCAAGGGCAAGGCCAGCAAGAAGAAGCAGCUGCAGGUGACGCAGGAGCGCGGGGAGGACAGCCCCUCCUCCCAGCAGCCCAAGUGGUCGGAGAGCCCCGCGUCCCACGCCAGCGACGAGUACGACGCCUGGGCGGACUUCCGGACGCGCGCCAGCUCCACGGCCAGCACGCUGAGCGGGCGCCUCUCGCCCAUCAUGGCCAACCACGAGCCUGACGAGCUGGAGGAGGACGAUGGCACCCCCUCCUCCCCCCUGAUGUACCCCAGCCCCUCCAGCACCAUGUCUCCUUCCCUCAGCGCCCGCUGCUCCGUGGAGCUGCCCCGGCUGACCGACCUGACCGGCACCAUCAGCCUGAACGAGAGCCUCGGGGAGAGCAUGCUGGAGGACCUGCAGGACGGCUACGCCAUGAGCCCGAGCCAGCAGCUCCCGCCGGCCGCCCUGCGGCAGCGCAGCUCCAGCUUCACCUUCAACUCCAAGUGCUCCAACAUGGGGGCUGCCGGCAACACCUACUGCGGGACCAUCUACAGCCAGCCGGCCAUGGGCCUCAUGCGCCGCCUGCCCAUGCAGACCAUCCAGGAGAACAAGCAGGCCACCUUCUCUCCCGUCAGCUCCUACAGGAACGCCUCGCUGCAGGACCUGCUCUCCUCCAUCUCCUACGCGCACAAGGAGAGCAUGGUCCCGGGGGACCUGCCCCUGCCGCAGGCCAGCCCCAUGGUGCCGGCCCGUGGCCACAGACACAACCCGCUGCUGUGCGGGGGCGGGGAGCAGGGCCUGUCCUCCUACCCGUCCCACCCGGGCUCUCUCAUGAAGAGCGGCGCGUUGUACCACCCGUCACCAGCCGGCCACCACCCCGCGGUCAACACCAGUGCCUUAGCCAAUCCUGUCAGCCUUAUGAGCCUGCCCAGCGACUCGUGCAGCAUGGCGGCCGUGCCGCACCACGGGCACCUGCAUCCCUACGCCAAUAACCAAGGGGCACACAUGAGCCUGCUGGAUUCGCUGCAGGGCCCCUACCCGGGGGCCGUCCACCCCCCCGUGUUGGGCCAAGACAGGUUCCCAGCAGACCUGGACCUGGACAUGUUCAACGGGAGCCUGGAGUGCGACGUGGAGUCGAUCAUCCUGAAUGACUUUAUGGACAGCGACGAGAUGGACUUCAACUUCGACUCGGCCCUCCCGCCGCAGAACGGGCUCAACGUGCCCGCGCUGCCCGGGGGGCCACAGCCCACAAACCAGAGCUGGGUGCCGGGAUGGGCGAGAGCCGUCGGUCUGAGCUCGAGGUCGAACACGGAACACAAACCGGAGGGUCAAAUACUGAGAUGGAGGGGGAGGGCCCCCAGCCCCAUGUGUGCCCCGUCUGCUGGGUCCCCCGUGGGCAUCCUCCAGAGGACACAGGGCAGCUGAGUGGGAGAGGCAGCUGGAGCCAGACGGAUCCAGGGGGGUAGCAGGAAGGGAAGGCCUUUCCAGAUGGUCCCAGUGCCCCACUGUGAUGGUGCCAGUUUGAUUUGCCCUUGGGCUGGGUGACGGAGCGGUGACGGCUGGUGGUGUGGUCGUUUCCCAUGGGAAGGGACUGUUCCCUGAGCCACCUUGGGAAAUGAGUCCUCUGGGUAGAAGUGUCAGGAGUGGGGACCCUGCCCCAGGGUGGGGGGGGCUCGUCACCCCUCAGUCCUGGUGGAGGUCAGAGCUCUGCCAAGCCCACACACCCAGGACACCUCCACAGGGAGCGUCCUUGUGUGGCCCCAGGCAGGUUCUCUUACCGAGCAGUGAGAGGGGUAGUGAUGGAGGGGAGGAUGUGCAGGCAGCAGCCCUGGGAGCAGCAUCUGGGCAGCCCCCUCGCCUGCUGGGGGCUGGGGGUGCCCCAGGAAUGCUGCAGUCCCUGCCUGGGGCAGGCGUGGGCAGGGCCCGGGGGGUCCUGCUGGGAGUGAUGUGCUGCUGGAAUGGGUCCCCUGUGCUGGAGGCUCAGGGGCAGCUCGCAGGGUUGGGGAGGGGGGCGUAUUUAUUUGAUUUCAUGCACUCUUUUGCCAUUGAGUUUUUGCAUUGGAAGGAAGAAAGGGUCGAGCUUAGGGACAGGAGAAAGAGGCCGUGAGCAGUGCUGGUGGCUGUGUCCCGUCACAGGGCUCAUCUUGGCUUGACCAUGGCUUUGGGUGCUGGAUGAUGGGGUGAAAGCUGUGAUGGGGGUCACCCUCAAGAAGGGGAGGGUUGUGGUGGCCAGGCCUCCAGGUGCAGGGUGGGGUCCUUCCUGCCCCAAACCUGGGUGACCCACAUUGCUCAGGGAGGUGCCAUGGGGCUCACAGCCAGGGCUGUGGGGCUCCAGUGGCUCACUGCCCAUCCCCAAGGUGCCACUAGAGCUGGUCCAGGGGGCUGUCAGCAAGAGGGGUGCACCCACCUUCCAGGGGCCAGGGCUCCGUGGGGAUGGGGACCACAAUUCACACGUGGUCCUGCUGCGUGCCAGGACCCCAAACUGGCCCCACUGCCUCAGUGGGGCAGGUGUGGGCCAGGGGGCCACAGCCAUCCUGCACAGCUGUGGGGCAGCUCUGCCCUGGGUGCAGGGGGGUUUUGGAGGGGGCAGGCUGGCGGGCAGCAGCAGCGACUGGUCCGUGCUCUGGAGGCACUGGAGGGGCUGGGAGGAUGUGGUGGGAGCUGCUGCUCUGUCCUGUGGAGUCUCUGCUCAGCCAUCCUUCCUCCUGGGCACCACAGGCUCUCUCUAACCCCCAGCCCCUGCCUUGCAGCAGGGUCAGGCUGCUGAACCAGCAUGUUCUCCCAGCCCAGCUCUUCCCUUCUUGCCCCAGGACCUGCUCCCCUGGCACAGUGCAGGUACUGGGUCCCAGCUGCAGGGACAGUGUGGCUGCCCAGAGCCAGGGCAGGGACCUGUGGGUGGGCACCCCACAGGUGCCCUCUCCUGACCCACAGGGCUGUGGCAAAGUGUGACAGAGGAGCCCCAUGUGCCACCGUCCACCUUUGACCAGGGCACACGGCAGGCACAGUGUCUGAAGACAUUCUUACAAGUUAAUUAAUUAUGUUUACAUUAUUUGAUCAUGUACAGAAUUUAAUAUAUUCUAUUAUAUAUAAUCUUUCUUGAAUGCUUUUUUAAAAAGGGUUAUUCUUUGGUCAGGAUCAUUACCACAUUCCUUUUGUACACCACCUCUCGUUUCAGGCAUAUUUCAAAUCCUUGGAAACCGGUCGCAAAUGGCAAAUUAAUCCCUGGCCCCCCAGUUCAGCAGGUGGGGUGUGAGGGACCCAGAGUCAGGGAGGGCAGGGAGGGCUGCCAUGGAGGAAAAAGGGAGGCUCUGCCCCCAAGAACAGGAGAAACAGAAGGGGUCCUGGCUCUUCCAGGCAUCCAGUGUCCAGGCACAGCUCCAGCAGCACACCAGCACACCGGGCCAGCAGGCAGGCGUUUGCAGAUGGGAUUCUCUGGCACAGGGACCCCCAAACCCCCUGUGGUGUCACAGACCCGACCAUCGGUGUGGAGGGGGAGCCACACCAGCAGCAGGAGAAAACCCUCCCCUUGUCUCAUGCCUGCCCCCCCCGCUGCCCCCCUGCCCCGCUGCUGGAGCCCCUCGAUCCCCCCGGGGCACGUCCCAUUGCCCAGCUGUCCUUGUGGUUCGUGACCGUGGGGUUGUCGUGUGUGCGGUGGAGUCGUGUUGGUUUUGAAGCGUCGUGUGUUCAGUCGUGUGCGGGGCGAGGGACGGCGGGGGGCAGGCACAGAGACCCCACAGCGGCUGGGACCCCGGGCAGGGGGGGCUGCAGGGGAGCCCAGGGACCCGGGGGUGGGGGUGGCACGGGGGGUUUCGGGGCUGUGCUUGAUGCCCGUGGGGCAGGCGGGUCCUGGGGGCCCUGGGGGUGGCUGGCACGGCCGUGCCCUCUGUGAGCGCGAGUGUGGGGACACCAGGGCUCUGUGUCACUGUGGGGUGGCCGAGGGGACACCAGGGCUCUGUGUCACUGUGGGGUAGCCGAGGGUUCUCUCUCUGAACACAGCGAGGCCCCCUCAGGUCCCACCUCACUCAGCUUCACCCUCCCUGCUCCAUCACCCCCUCUCCCCCUGGUGCCCUGAGGACACCGAGCUCCCUCUGCUCCCAGCCCUGCCCCUGCUCAGCCCUGCCUGGAGCUGGUGUGGGGGGACGCCGAGGGGCCCCCCCGGUUUGCUCAUACAGUGGUUUUGGGUCCGUCCUUUCCCUCGUAUUUAUAACUGUACAGACUGGGGGGGAGGGUCUGAGGUCAUCUCUCACCACACAUCUAUCGUAGGCAAUGGUAACUUUCUUGGUUGUGCUAUUAGAGUUUGUGUAUGUGGCAAUGUAAAGAACUGUGUAUAGUGCAUUGUACAGCAUAUUUUCAUGAAUAAAAUUGUUUUAAAUAUUA